UCCAGGACGCGCAGAUACUCCAGAUAUUAUGCUGCACCAGGGAGAGUCAGGGACACUGGGUAUAACGUGGAGGCUAUGCCAAGUGUCUGAAGGGUGUGAGGAGACGAUGUGAGUAAGAGAAAAGAACAACACACUCAGGUGUUUACUCGUUGAAGCGGGAGGCUUGUUUAUACAUGCGGCGCGUCUAAACUGGAUACCGAAAAAGGGGGGCGGGAGCGCGAGCAACAAGUGGAGUUUUGGCUCGGGAAAGGCCAGAUUUUUCUCAGCUAUGGAGGAGCAAAAGGAGCCCAAGAGCGGACGGGACUCGACCGAGGAGGAGAGCAUGUCCCUUUCACCGAAUCUUCCAUCCCCCGCCAUGAUUAUCCCGCACCAGGCUGCCCAGCAAGCCCACAGGACCACGAACUUUUUCAUCGACAACAUCCUCCGGCCGGACUUCGGCUGCAGGAAGGAGCAGGGCUACCGAGACCGGAGCCAGAUGCCCGGCAGAGAGAACGUCAACCCGCUGGGAGCGAGGUUGACGCCGGCAUGCCUGGACUCCAACUGCAGCAGUGACAGCACCUCGUCGUCGCCCUCCUCCUCCUCCUCGUCGUCGUCGUCCACGUCCUCGUCGCCCUCGUCCAAGCAGAACUCGUCGAAACAGGGCGAAGCGGCGAGCAACGGGGCAGGAAGAUACGCGGAUAGCCCUUCUUCUAUUAUGGUUAUGAGCGGCAGCAAUGGAGGAUCUCCGCCCAGAACCAAAGACAGCGCGCAAAUGCUGUGGCCCGCUUGGGUCUACUGUACUCGGUACUCGGACCGGCCCUCAUCUG